CAAAUCGCCCUUUUGGUCCCUCGCUGCUUCCCGUCGGCUCCGUCUCAUCCCGGAAGUUGUACCUUUCUCUUGACACGUAGCAGCCGCAGCUCAGUUGGCAGGAGUCUGGACGGAUUUGUCAGACAUCACUGUGAGAGAUGUCGGGGUUUGACAACUUCAACACAGACUUUUACCAGUCCAGCUACAGUGUAGAUGACCAAAACCAGGCCGUCUAUGGCUACAGCAACCCGGAAAACCCUCACAACAAGCAAUACGGACAGUAUGACUACUCCCAGCCGAUGGGAUACGCCGCCCCCGGGAUGAUGCAACCCCAGCAGCCAUACACCGGACAGAUCUUCCAGCCCACACAGACAUACACUCCAUCCCCGACACAAUCCAUGUACUCGAGCAGCUUUGAUGAUGAACCACCUCUGCUAGAAGAAUUAGGGAUCAACUUCGACCACAUCUGGCAGAAGACUCUGACCGUGCUCCACCCUAUGAAGGUAGCAGACGGCAGCAUCAUGAAUGAGACGGACCUGGCGGGCCCCAUGGUCUUCUGUUUGGCUUUCGGAGCGACGCUUCUCCUGUCCGGUAAGAUCCAGUUCGGCUACGUGUACGGUAUCAGCGCGAUCGGCUGCUUGGGAAUGUACUGCCUCCUCAACCUCAUGAGUAUGACGGGCGUCUCCUUCGGCUGCGUGUCCAGCGUGCUCGGAUACUGCCUCCUCCCCAUGAUCCUCCUCUCCAGCUUUGGAGUCCUCUUCUCUUUACAGGGAAUGAUGGGAAUAAUAAUAACAGCAUCAAUCAUCGGCUGGUGCAGCUUCUCGGCGUCUAAGAUCUUCAUUUCGGCGUUGGCCAUGGACGGGCAGCAGCUCCUGGUUGCGUACCCCUGCGCUCUUCUAUACGGGGUCUUUGCUCUCAUCUCUGUCUUCUAAUAAAGUCAUUCAGUAACAGCUCA